UGACCUAUCGAAGACGUGAGUGCGAACUGCAGUGGUGAAUUGUAGCAGGGGGGGUUACUUAUUGAUACUUGAUGUGUAACAAUUGUGGGAAGGUGCGGGCGCGGUCAACAAUCGGAGGACGACUCUUCGGGGAGCUCGAGCUCUGGGAUUAGAAUCUGAGCCCGGGGAUUUCCUGCCUCGAGCCACGUCAAUCAGCAACAGCUGGGAGCAGCGACCGGGCUUUGCGCGGCCAUGGCUCCCAUGGGCAUCCGACUGUCUCCGCUCGGCGUGGCCGUAUUUGCCUUGCUUGCUGUCGGAGUCCUCUACCAUUUCUAUUCGGGCUUUCUGGCCGGUAGGAUCGCCAUCUUCAGAAAACUGCCUGGGACCGACAGGGUCGACCUGAGAGAACUGCUGGCGUUAUCGGUGGAAGCCGCCAUGCGGGGAGGGGAAGAGGUGAAGCGAGUGAUGGAAGGGGGAGAACUCAACGGGAAAAGCAAAGGAAAAACUAAGGAAGGGGCAGAUGAGAUGCUCACCACCGGAGACUUGCUGUCGCAUCAGAUGAUGUAUUAUUUAAUUAAAAAUACAUUUCCAACCAUACAGGUAUUCUCUGAAGAACGGAAUAUUGGUGCCACACCAGAGAUUGCUUCAUGGGAUCAUGCAAUUCCAAAGGAAAUCCUGGACAAGGCAUCCACAAGUGAAGAAGUCUCUUCUGACAGCAUAACGGUCUGGAUUGAUCCGCUUGAUGCCACCCAGGAGUAUACAGAAAAACUUUUACACUAUGUCACCACUAUGGUGUGUGUUGCUGUGAAUGGAAAACCAGUGAUUGGAGUAAUCCAUAAGCCAUUUGCUGAUUUUACAGCCUGGGGAAUGGUACAUGGAGGAUCAAAUGUGAGCAUGCGUAAAUCAUACAAUGAGAAGAAACCAAAAAUUAUAAUUUCCCGGUCACAUACAGGCACAGCAAAAGCAUUUGCCCAAAAGGCAUUUGGAAAUGAUAGUGACAUUAAAGAAGCUGGAGGGGCUGGUUAUAAAGUGCUGUCUUUGCUAAAUAUACCUGAUGAUAAGCAGCCUGACCAUGCUGAUGUGUACCUUCAUGUAACUAAUAUCAAGAAGUGGGAUAUCUGCGCUGGCAAUGCCCUUUUGGAAGCACUUGGUGGUCAAAUGACUACUCUCGAAGGAAGAUCUAUUGAUUAUACUGAUACUGAGCUGAAUGAAGAUGGAAUUGUUGCCAGUAUUGGUGUCUCCCACAAGAUGUUGCUUGAAAAGUUGCCAAACUUGAAAUCUAUUAAAACCCAGUAGAGUUUCCUAACUAAUUGUUGCAAUGUAAAAGCAAAAAAGUGUUCAUAAUUGUCAUGAAUUAACUUUUAUCCUGGUUUUCUUUUGGAUCAUUAUGCUGAUUUAUGUGUGUGAAGGCAAGAUUAGGUGUGGAUGGCUAUGUAGAGCAACAAACUAGAUAUUAGUAGGACCGAUCCUGACUUUAAGAAUUGCAGGUUUGGGCUGAUGAAGAACAUUAUUUGUUUUGUAUGAACUUAGCCAAAUUUAAUGUAUUAAUGUGAAUGUUUACAAAAUGUUUAAGUUAAUAACUUAUGGUUGCAGAAUUAUAGAACCUAUAGUUCCACGUCCAUUACAUUCAGCUGAUGUUUAAGCUACUGUUUCAGAACUAGAUUUUUUCCCCCCUUCUAACUCAGAGGAUGACUGUUAAGAUGAAAACUGAUUUCUUUUUUAAAUGACUUCUUUACAAAAACUGGAAUUGAAAUGAACCACAUAGAGAAAUUGUUUCUUUUCUUAUGGCCUAGGACACAUGCCCCAUAACUUGUUGUAAAUGAGUAAAGGCUCACUAAGGCUUUUCUGUUGCUGAGCUAUUCCACAACAUAUUUUUUCUUUUUAAUUUUUAAAUUCUAGCAUAAAAUCAUGAAUAUUCACACUGAAAUUGAUUAUUUAUUACAGCACUAGUGUUUUAUUUAAAAUGUUAUUGAACAUUUAGCAAGUUCUAAUUAGGCAAUAAUGAAUGAAGAGAUAUGUGAGCACCUUGGAUAGGAUAAUCUUAGCAAACUCGGGAUUUCUGCUAUGCCCUCAUUUCCUGAAGGCACUGAUGUUUUGUGAUUGAUUACAGAUGAGCUGACAGCCCUCAGUACAUUAGACAAAUGUUAGUCUUUGUGAGUGAGCCUUGAUAGUUUGUGACAGGCUAUUAACGCUUUUAGCAGCCACCUCUGAGUAGUGAUCAGGCAUGGGAAUCCUCCCUGAACUUUAAAACCAGCUAUAGAACUUUUAUUAUUGCCCCAACGAAAUCAGUCAACUCAGCACAUACUGGGGAUUGAAUCUUGUACCUCGUACCUCGUGCUACAUACCAUUUCAGGUGGUGUAUUAACCCAGUAGGCCAUCAAGGGCACUCAUCAGGGAUUAUUUUAAGUCAAGAUUUAAAAACCUAGUCGUAUGGUCAUUUUUUAUAUAUUUUUUAAAAAAGUCCAAUAUAGAUGUGACUUGCAGUUCAAGCACAAUUUUUUGACUUUGAAUAAUUGUUGAAAGUAAACAUUGAAGGAACAACUGCAAUAACGGGCACAAAGCUGGAAGAAUCGAAAUUUGGAUCAAACGGUUCUGAUUGUGUGUACUGGGAAUUUUGCAGAUCUGUAACAACUGAGCAGAACAUUACUAUUGUUCUUUUAAUUGUGUAGCCUUCAACUAAAUGCAGCAAAUCUUGUUUAUUGACUUUCUUUUUGCUUUGUUUGUAUUCUUUAUUUGUGUUCCUGUCUGUAUGCUAUUUGUUUUCAGACAAAGCCACACAAUUAUUCACUGGUCUAGUUCUUCUAUGUAGAUUGAGGUAUUUGUGGUAUUAAGAAUAAUGCUUUCAUUUUGUGUGCUAUUGCUAAAAAUAUAACAAGUGACCUCGCUAUUUUUUAAAGAUCUCUUGCAUAAAAUAUUGGUUUUCAUUUGUUCUUAGAGUUCCAACUUUGUGUUCUUGCACAGCUUAAGAACUCAAGUAGAAAGUGCUUCAGUUUGCAGCUCUUCUAUCUGCAAUGGUUGCAUUGUGUCAUAUUAAUUUUUAUCAAUAACUUAAGUUCUCUACAUUUUGAAAAUAAUGUUUCUUGUUCAGGUCAUAUAAUAGACAUGAAUACUUUUGGUUUUGAGUAUGCCAUUGAUAAAAAUUUAUAUCUUAGCCUUU